AGGAGGAAGAACAAAGGAGGGGAGACGAGAGAAGAAGGGAGAAGAAGAGAAGAGAAGAACAACACAGAAACAGCUUCAUCAUGUCUGGAUACUCCUUUCCUGUCCUGGAAAAUCGCGAGAUCCUCGAAUGCAUGUCCGAGUUGGGUUGCGCCAUGACAGAAGAGCAGUUGGUCAAGCCAUCACCCGAUCACAUCACAAGAGUGAUGGAGCAGUUGCUUGACAUCUUCAUGGGAUUCAGUGCGGACGAUAAUGCACAGAUGCGAUUCAGCGGAAUCGAUGUGUUUGAUCAUCCCGAGCUACACGAGUUUUCUGUUGGACAGCUUGCAUUCAAUCGAUCCAUAAUGAAACUGAUGCAAGCGUCGGGAGUACACGACUUCAGCCACAAGGACCUUUCCAAGCCCGAGUAUCCCAGAAUCCGCAAGAUCUUCAGUGCUGUCAUCAACUUUGCCAAGUUCCGAGAAGAGAAGGUGUCGACAUUUGAGCAGUUCGUCGAGGCAACGGAAAACUUGCAGAACGAGAAGAGCGUCGUAGACAACAAGUUUGAGGAGCUGACGGUGCAGCUGCAUCAGCUUCGAGCGCAGAGAAAGCAGGAAGAGCCGAUCAUCCAAGGCCUGCAGCAAGAGAACGAGAAGAUGGAGGAGCAGAUCAAGAGCCUGAAUGUUGAGCAAAGCAACCUCAAGGCAAAGAUCCACGAGAUGAAGCAACAUAGACAGGAGCUUAGCGACAAGCGCGACCAUGAUCAGUUUGCGUUGCUCACACUCAAGACUGAGGUGUCGAAGCUGC